ACAGGAGAGCAGAGGAAACGAGCAGGCACACUGCUGGCGCUCCCUCGGCGAAAUUUUAGUUUAUUUGUUUUGGUUUUUAUAUUUUUCUCUUUUUUAUACAAAUUUGAUAUAUUUCCUAGAAAAUUUUAAUACGCCGAUACACUGGUUUUAACAUUUCUACCAACGAAGUCUUGCAAGGAUUGGCUGUAGCUUGCUAGCUUCCAACGCUGGGCUUCUUUCCAUUACUUUUCGCCAAAUGCUCAGAUAGUAAAAGUAGUGGACACGAUAAUAUCACGUCGUGUACUGAUGUCCUGUCUUCCCUUUAUUCAAAAUUGACGGUUCGUUCCUGUUGUUUACGAAGCUAAAUUUGAACUGCAACACUCACGGCAGCCAACCUCAGGAAAAAUGACGGCUGUUCAGCUAAUAAAUAUUCAACGGUUAUUGGAGGCAGCGGAAUAUAUAGAAAGAAGAGAAAGAGAGUGUGAACACGGAUAUGCGUCGACUUUCCCGUCAAAUCAGAGCACAAAUUAUCAGAGACAAAGAAAAUUUCGAAAUAAGAAGUUCAGCAGUAACCACAACAGGUCCACACAUAAUGAGCUGGAAAAGAACAGACGAGCUCAUCUGAGGCUGUGUCUGGAGCGGUUGAAGACCCUCAUACCUCUGGGACCUGACUGCACUCGCCACACCACCCUGGGCCUACUCACCAAAGCCAAAGCACAUAUAAAGAAACUUGAAGAGGCGGACAGGAAGAGCCAGUACCAGUUGGAGUCUCUGGAGCGCGAGCAAAGGCACCUCCAACGCCAGCUGGAGCUUCUGAGGGGAGGCAGUGACGAUGCAGUCCAGAGCAACCUGGGGGAGGGAGAGAGGAUACGCAUGGACAGCGUGGGUUCCACCCUCUGCUCCGAUCGCUCUGACUCUGAUCAAGAAGAGAUUGAGGUUGACGUGGAAAGCACAGAGUUCUCCCAUGGAGACCUGGACAGUGUGAGCACGGCCAGCACCAGCGACCUGGACGACCACAGCAGCCUGCAGAGCAUGGCCAGUGAUGAGGGCUACUCCUCCUGCAGUGUCAAACUUGCCUUCUCCUCCUAGAGCCCCACGCCACCACUACCACCAACCACUCCUGCCAAACCUGCCUGCCCUCCCAUCUGUUCAUCCAUCCAGCCAUGCCAUCACCUGCAAUGAUGGGCACGCCCCCAGCUAACGGGUGUUCCCACUGCACCGCCUCACCUUCCGAUCUAAGCCUUUUAGUUUCUGUCCAUCCCCUCCACCCACGCUAUUGAACCUACUGUUGGAGGAGCUCCACUGAGAGUCCUCCUUGCCUCUGAACUUUGAGCCACCCCGACCAACACUGGUACCAGGGACUCGGACACAGUGAUGCAAGACUGAGUUAGUUUGAAGCAUAUUUUAAAGGGAGAUCGGACACUUUGAAUACACAUCAUCUUGAUUUUUAAAUCCACAACAAAAAUGAGUAGUUGAUUUUACUUCUGUCAUUUCAUUGAUCCAUGACAUUAAUUUUUAGAAGAUCAGUGAGCCCCAAUUUAGCUCAAAAUGCACUUAAAUUCUCAUCAUAUUCAAGAAAUUUAGAGUUUCUAUUUGGUUAUCUUUAUUGUGGGUGUGUGUUGAGUUAUUCCCGAUGUAUCUCAGCUAAACAUUCUGGUGUUGGGCCCAGAUCAACCACAUGGGUCAUCUUUACCAUAUCAGCACAGCUAUAGCUUGGCCCCAAAUCUUUCCAGCCCUGAAUCUGAUCCCUGUCUUAUUUGUUCAUGACCUCCACUCGACACAGCAGAAGCUUGGACUCUUGAAUUGGUGCUAUUGAAACAAAUCAACCAACGGGGAAGCAGUCAGAUCCACCACCACUGAGCUUUUAAAGCAAACAGGGUGUCUGUGUGCUUGUUUUCCGCCAGACAUGGAGAAAAAUGGCCACGAAAGAGGAGGAACAAAUACUAAAAAAAAAUAACAAAAAAAUAUAUUCCUGUCGAAUGUGGGUUCUUAGUGCAUUUUCAGAGUGGAAAUUGUAACUUUGUAUGUGUUUUGUUUUGGUUUCUUUCCCCUCGACAAGCAGCUACAACAAGCCAUCCCACACUUGCCUACUUUAGAGUAGUCUAUAGAAAAGGCACAAAUCAAGAUGUAAACACACUCAAAAAACAGCAGCAGCAACAAAGAGAAAAGGUCCAAACAGCUACAAACUUUGGAAUAAAAAUCUAUCCUUUAUCCAGCAGUAACAAGCAAUAAGUCGUAGUCGUUGUGUCGUUAGUUUGAACACUUUUCUGUUCCUUUUUUUCCCCCUCUCCUGUUAAGACUCACGUGUGACCGUCCAAAACGGGGGAAAAAAGCAAGUUACUAUAUUUUUUUUUUUUUUUUUUUUUGUACAUACAAAUAGUUUAACAAAUAAAAAUUUAAAAAAUAAUUUUAAUAAAAGUUAGAGCUUGUGGAUAGAAGUAUUGCCUCUGAUGCUGUUUAAAUUGUGUUUAUUGUGCAUUUAUUUUUAGAUUUUCUUUUUUUUUUUUGGUAACACACCAUUUCUUUGCUGGUUAAAAUAUUCAAAAACCCAUGUUAUUUAACAGCAGAGCAGCUUCCCAUCCCGUAGGACUCUUGUUGGAGGUUGCAGAUUUUCUUUGGCACUGUUUUUAUUUAUUAGACUUUUUCCCCCUCCUGUUUGGAUAACUCAGAAAUGGGGGUAAAAAAGCUGCAUGAGGCAUUCCACUGGUGGUCAGGUGUUUAUGAAGAGUGACAAGAAGAAAACGGGUUGUAUGAUGUCAAAGAUCUCCAUCUCCACUGGCAUUAAGAAUUGCACUUCAACCACAGUUUUCUUUAUUUUUUUAUUCCAUCGUCACGUCUCGCUGUAAUUCAUUCAUUCGUGUGUGAAAGGAUGAAAAACAAGAACACCACUUUAAAUAUUUAUUUUUCCAUCCCUAAAGAGCACAAGAAAUGGGAAAAAGUUAACUUAUUUUAGUUUUGUCUUAUUUUACUUAUUCUUGAUGCAUAUUCCUCAUUCCCUAUUUUAAGAAUUGUAUAUUUUAUGGGUUAUUGUGUUUUAUUUUCUUCAUGGGGGAGGGGGGGGGGGGGGGGGGAUUUUAAAAAAUGUAGCCAUUUAGUUUGCAUUUUCUGAUGUUUUAUUCAAUGGACACUUGAAAUGUAAUUGGCCCCUAAGCUGCUCCUAGUGCUGAGUCUCGCCUGUUUAGAGUCACCAGCCUUGUCCAGAGCUGACUCCCCCAAUCCACGACAAAUACAGAUCCAAACCGAGCGCCGCCUGCUCUUACAAGGUUCUCCAUCGUGUUUUGGGUCUGCCCCGAGGCAGGGAGGGGGGUGUUGGCUCUGCUCAAGACUCACCAAAACCCACGACUUUACUGGCAAAUACUGAGCCAGCUACUACACAAUUAAAAGGGGUCUAAAGCUCCACUUUCCUCUAUUAGGAGGAUUGUAGUCUCUAUUAGACUUGUGUUUUAGUUGACAAAAUGUGUCUUACAUUUACAAAGGCCUCAACUGAGGAUUUAAAGAAAAUUUAAACACAACAGAACAAACCUUUGGUUUAUUUCUGAAGGACAUCGCUAAGGUGUAGAGUUUGACUUGUAAGCUCUUUGCAGAGAUCUGUUGAGGUUGUUGGGCUUUGGCAAUGAAUCAGGAAGUCACCGCUUCUGGUGCUUGAAUAUUUUAAAAAGAAAACAAAUGCCAAAAACACCUCAGAACACCUCAGUGUCCUCUCUUUAUCUCUCUCUGAGGGACAGUUUACAUUUAUUCUGCCCCAGUUAAGUUAUUAACCUUCAUCUUAUUGUUGCUUUGUUUUCUUCUUCAUAUAUUUGUUUUAUGAACGUGCACUGCUGACAGGAUAAGGGUCCCCACGUUUGCAAACAGAUGUGUUUCACUCCCCUGUUCAGACCUGAAUUGUAUGCUUGAGUUUAAACCUGUGUGACAUGUUGUACUGCACUGGGACAAUCUGAGUCUUUGUAAACUAUCUGUGCUCUGAAAGUGUUCAGAAAUGAAUUGACACCAACUUUUAUGAGCUGGUUUGACUGAAGCAGGUCUGUCCUUUCUCAUGUGUGUGUACAGUAUGUAUGUAUGUAUGUAUGUGUGUGUGUGUGCGCAUCUUCAUUUUCUUACUAAGGCCGAGCUUUAGAAAGGUACCUGAUCCAGGACCAGUCUUCACAGACCUUUUCAGACUGCCGUGCAGUGAAUAUCAGGCUUCAGAGGAAUGUUUCUCAUAAGAUGACAAAGCUGUCCAGCUGCAGCUGUAAAGUUGCACUGAGAAUUUAGUCAGCACUGGUCCUGGAUCAGUUGACUGGAAGAUCUGAACAUUUCUGGCUAUGCUGCAGAUUUUAAACUGGUAACCACAGAGCUGUAUAUUUAACCUUUCUGUUCAAAGUUUAGACUUUUGGUAGGGGUUGAGUUGUUGUUUUGCAGCUUAGCCAGAAGUGAAGCAACCUGAUGAGGUCAAUGUUGCAGUGUUGCCUGUAAACUGCACCCCAGCAGGCUGAUUUGAGCAAAUGGGUCUGUGAAGAUGGUUCAGCCUAAUUCAGUAAGCAAGUCCUGCGUGCAGUAGGGUCCUUCCUGAUGUUCUGAACCAGUGGCCAUCCUUUGUAUAUAAAAAGAAAAAAAAAAAAAAAAAAAAAGCUCUCCGAUGGUGGUGAUACUAGCUGUGUAAGUUGAAGAUGCAAUACUUAUAAUAAAAACACCAAGAUUUUCAAACCUGAAGGACUGAAGUGGCUGUUAAUACCAUGUCUCCAUUCUGAAUGUACUGUAAAGCAAUGGCUCACACCGACUACGAUGAAUAAAGGUUGUGACUUCAAAACA